AUGGAAAUUCAAAAGCUUGAGCAUCGUUCAGUAAUAAAGUUUCUUGUUUUGGAAGGACAUUCUCCAUCCAAUAUUUAUGAACGUAUGGUGGUAGUUUAUGGUGACCAUGCUCCAUCACGUACAAGAGUUUUUGAAUGGGCUCAUCGUUUUAAAGAUGGGCGAUUAAACAAACUUGAUCCUCUAAGGAUUCCUAUAUUUUUAAAAAAUCGCAAUCGGAGACCAGCAAUUACUGCAACGGACGAUCAAACUGUUAAAGCUAUUGAAAGUCUAAUCAUCGAAGAUCGCCGAAUUACAAUUCAUCAAAUAGCAGAUGCCGUAGGUAUUUCAACCGACACAGUAGAUGGUAUCAUUCAUGAUCAAUUACAUAUGACUAAAGUUUCUGCAAGAUGGGUACCACAUUUACUAACACCUGAUCAAAGAUAUGAACGUGUUCAAGCAUGUCAAGAACUUUUGGCUCGCUAUUCAACGGAAGGAAACGACUUUCUUUUUCGAAUUAUAACUGGUGAUGAAUCGUGGCUUUAUUAUUAUGAUCCUGAAU